UUUGAAUGUAUUUUGUAGUAAAAACAAUCUGGAGCGAGUUUCUUUCCAAGUUAACAAUACACAACAACAAAAUCAACAAGAUAAGAAUUAUAUAAUUACCUAGAUAUAAAUAUAUUGGAAAUAAUAUAGUCGGUGCCAUGACCCAGCAACCGACUUAUCGGCAACGAGAAAGAUAUGACGAAAUAUUAAUUUUAUUGUUCACAAAUGGAAAUGUUUUAUCUGUUUGUUCGGCCGUCUUGUAUCACUUUCGCAAAUAGUUGAUCCGAGCCGGUUGCACCGAUGAGCCGUGUUUUGUGCCGCGGUGUUAUAGCUCUUCGUUUGAGGUUGCCAAUGGCUAGGCACGCGUCCUAUCUCGUCGACGACCCCAAUUACUCCUUCUUGAAGGACUUGGGGUUGGAUAAGAAAAAUGUGGGCGUGUUUAAUGGAAAAUGGGAAGCGAACGGUCAGCUUAUACAAUCGUUCAGUCCAGCGAAUGGCAAAGUGAUAGCGGAGGUGCAGUCAGCGAGUGCAGCCGACUACGAAGCUUGUGCGAAGGCAGCUCAAGAAGCCUGGCAUGCCUGGGCGGAGUUACCUAUCCCCUCUAGAGGGGAGAUCGUCAGACAGAUCGGGGAUGCACUUAGGGAAAAAUUGCAGCCGCUUGGACAGUUAGUUUCACUUGAAAUGGGAAAAAUUCUCCCGGAGGCGAUAGGAGAGGUGGUAGAGUACAUCCACGUCUGUGACUUGGCCCUCGGUCUGUCUCGCACCUUGCCGGGCACCAUCUUCCCUUCAGAGCGUCCCGGACACGUGCUCAUUGAGAAGUGGAACCCCCUCGGCUUGAUCGGCGUCAUCUCCGCGUUUAACUUCCCCGUUGCUGUUUAUGGAUGGAACAGUGCUAUAGCUAUGGUUUGUGGAGACGUCAGCAUAUGGAAACCAUCAGAUACCACACCACUUACAGCAGUUGCGGUCACGAAAAUAGUUGAGAGCGUACUCACGAAGAACAACAUUCCGGGCGCAGUGGCCGCGCUGUGCGUUGGCGGGAAAGAUAUAGGACAAACGCUUGUACAGGACCACAGGGUUAAACUGGUGUCCUUCACCGGUAGCACUGCUGUUGGACAACAGGUCGGAGUGGAAGUCCAGAGGCGAUUCGGCCGACACCUGCUAGAACUGGGCGGCAAUAACGCUAUCAUCGUGAACUCCGAUGCCAAUCUCGACUUGUUGUUGAACGCUGCCCUGUUCGCGUGCGCGGGGACUGCUGGCCAAAGAUGCACUACUACCAGGAGAUUGCUUAUCCACAAAAAAGUAUUCGCAGAGGUAGUUUCAAGGCUAAAGAAAGCGUACGGCGGUGUGGUGAGCCGAAUCGGCGAUCCACUGUCUUCGGAGACACUUAUUGGACCUUUGCACACACCAGCAGCUGUGGAAGCGUAUAAAAAGACGGUUGCGGAGAUAGUCAAGCAAGGAGGCACCAUUGAAUUCGGAGGAAAGGUGAUCGAACGCGAUGGUUACUUCGUUGAGCCCACGAUCGUGACAGGUCUGCCUCACGAUUCGCCCCUCGUGAAGUCUGAAUGCUUUGCCCCAAUCGUCUACUGCAUAGAGAUUCCCGACUUUGAAACUGGAAUACAAUACAACAAUGAGGUUGAUCAGGGGCUGUCAUCUAGCGUUUUCACUGAGAACUUAGGUGAUGUUUUCAAGUGGAUCGGACCCCACGGCUCUGACUGCGGCAUCGUGAAUGUAAACAUCCCGACCAACGGCGCGGAGGUGGGCGGAGCGUUCGGCGGUGAGAAGGCAACGGGCGGCGGCCGGGAGUGCGGUUCCGACGCGUGGAAAGCGUACAUGAGGCGCUCCACUGUAACCAUCAACUAUUCCGGCACUAUCAAACUGGCCCAGAACAUCAAAUUCGGCGACGAAUAAAAAUUGACUUUAUAAACUACCGUAAAUUUUACGUAUUGGUAAUUUUUAAAUAACUCGGUAUAGUCCAAUGAAAAUAAAACAUCAUUUCGGUAUUUUCAAAUAACCAAAAAAAAAUUGGUUGUCUGCAUAGACUGUUUAAGGACGGUAAUUUUAAGUGAUAACGUAAACGAUAGGGGCGUCACAAGCCGAAUGUUCAGGCCGAUCGUACUCUCUCUCUACCGUUUGUUACGCGAUCUCGCUUGCACGCUCGUCUCAGGCGGAACGCGACAAUGAGUCAUGCUUUUUCAUGCAUUCAUUCUUAUAUCAGGCGCUCGACCUUCAUCGUCAACUACUUCGGCACACCAUCAAACCAGCUUAUAGCACUUAGCUACGAAUGAUGUUUUAAUUUUCAUUCAUUUAAAUGGCAUAUUGCUGUUCACGCUGACUUUUGUAUUAUGGACAACUGAAAAGUUCUAUCAUAAGUUACUUUUAUCCGACAAAGACGAAAGGCGCGAUAAGAUCAUCGUACGUAAGGUAUAAUGGGCAUGAUUUAAAUUUGAAAACUUAGACAUUCAAUGUGUGUUAAGUCAAAUUAAAUCGUAUCGGGUUUUUAUUUACUAUUUUUUCACCUCGCAUUUUAUAUUCAAUUAUUACAAAUAAAGACUGAUACAUUGAAACAAGUUUUAGUGCAUAGAUUUUAUUUGUGUGUUAGUACUUGGGUAUAAUACUUAAGUAUAUUUACAUUUAAAAAAAACUGUGUUUGUAACUUCAUUUCGUAUAAUAAAAAAGUAUAAAAGUUUAUUUAAAUGCCAAUUCAUACAGUACAAUGUGAUUUCCUUAUAAGUUUGGAUGAUGUAUCCUCCAUAAGUCUACAGCAAUGUCUCUGGUCUGUUUUCUAUGGAAUUUGUAU